AUGUCUGAGGAUGUGUCGGAUCAAUAUUUAGUGGACGCUGCUCCAACAGCUUUUCUUCAUAGAGGAAUAUAUUUACUGCCUUGUGGUCAUCACGUAACUGCAGAUUAUUUGCGUGCUUGGUGCCAAUAUCUGCUUGAACAAGGGCAGAGUCGUUUCACCUGUCCAAGGUUCAGCAAAUCCAGAAACAAGACAUGUGGCGCUGUUUUGCCUUACCAAAGUAUCUGUCAACGAGCCAGGCUAACGGCAGAGCAACAAACGAAGUUUGAGGAAAUCCUAGGCGCACUAGCUGCAGCGACACUAUGUGACUACAAACAUUGUCCAGGAUGUCACUCUAACGUGGAGAGGGCAAAUCCAAAUAAUCUAUGCGUCCACUGCACGGUCUGCAGUGCAAAACGGGCUAAGCCUUUCUACUUCUGCUGGCAGUGCGUGAGGGAGUGGAAAGGACCACUCUAUAACGCCAGUAAAUGUGAGAAUGAAGGCUGCCGUCCGAGACAGCAAGAAUCCUCAAGUCCCAGCCGUCUGGUGUUAUGUAAACCUGAAUAUAAGAGACAGAUGCUCCGCAACGAACAGGAUGAUAUAUACCCAUCACUGGACAAAUCUCCCAGCAGGAAGCGUCUGGCCUUACUCAUCAACAACAUUAAUUUUAAGCACUUGGAGGUCAGGAUGGGUGCAGAGAAGGAUGAGGAGAACAUGGCCAGACUGCUGAAGGACUUGGGUUAUGAUGUAGUCCUGCUCAGGAACCUCACAGCCAAAGGUAUGGAUACAGCUAUAGCUGACUUCUCUAAGCGAGAGGAGCAUGUCCAAUCAGACAGCUGCUUUGUGGUCAUCAUGUCUCAUGGAGGACCAACGGGAAUCUGUGGUGUUUCUUAUAGAAAACAGAAUGAUAAUGAAAAGGACAUGUUCUGUACCAACAAAAUCUUUGACCACCUGAACACUCCCAACUGCCCUGGACUACGUGACAAGCCUAAAAUCAUCCUCAUCCAGUCCUGUAGGGGGCACGAGGAGGGCUCUGUGGAUGUUCAUGACAGUGUACCAGACAAUACCAGAAAAGAACAUCGUGAGAAGGACUUCUGCUGCUUGAGAUCCUGCACUCCAAAUACAGUCUCGUACAGACAUCCAAGGAGAGGCUCGGCUUUCUUUCAAGAAGUUGUGGAAAUUUUCUACAACCAUGCUCAUAAAAAUGACAUUGAGGAGUUAUUCCGAAAGGUUCUUAAGAAGUUUAAGGAGACUCACCCAGAUCAAAUGCCAUGCAAGGAGAGAACAACUCUAUCCAAAAAAUUCUACCUCUUUCCUGGACUAUAA